CUGAUCUUAAUUGGUAUACAUUUUUACGAUUUUAUUUCUCCGUUUCCUCAAGACCGUAUUUGACCAAAUUUCAAAACACCUCGACGUCCGUCAAAAAUACUCCGCUACGCGUCGUAUUGUCAACUUUCUUCGCGGUGUUUGGACAUCUCUCCAAACACAGUCUUUCGUGUUUGAUGUAUUAGGUAGAAUACCGCAGUUUUUCAAUGCGAGCUUACAGUUUCAUAGGAGCUUUUACCUAACAUUUGGGGGCUACAAAGCUCCAUUCCCGUCCCAGUUCCAUAUGGAACCAUGAUAAGUUUCUGGGUUAACUUGGCGAAGAGAGAUGAUGAGUUUUACGUACUCUAGCGUUCUGAGAAUUAACACAAAUUAUUCCAUUUGUGUUGCAGCGUGGGUGUCAUCCAUUGCUAUGGGUGUGGCUACUUCUCUUGGUCCCAUAACGAGCGGCUUCCUUAAUAGAUUCGGGCUGCGAAUUACUACCAUAUUAGGAUGCGUGUUAUGUUCAGUAGGCAUGGCAGCUGGUUCUUUUGCCCCCAGCAUCAUCAUCCUCUACAUAGCCUUCAGUUUACCCUUUGCUGUGGGAGUGUCGCUUGUUUAUGUUACUUCGACGAUUAUUGUUACACAUUACUUCACCAAAAGAAGAUCGCUCGCUCUUGGGUUCGUAACCACUGGUCAAGGACUUGGGCAAAUGAUUCUAGGCCCUACUUUUCAAGCGCUAGUGGACGUUUUUGGUUGGAGGAAAACCUUCCGUGUUUUUGCUGGAAUUUUGGCCGUGACAUCUCUCAGCGGAUGUUUACUUCGUGAAAGGACAACAUCCAAUGAACAUCUUAAUGCUCCUCGCAAGAAAUUCAGAUUAAAUCUGUCGUUGCUAAAGGAGCCUACCAUUUUUAUCUUGCUGUCAACAAUACCAUUCUUCACAACUUCUCGCAUAGUACCACACGUGCAUCUGAUAAAAUAUUGCAAUGAUCUGGGUGUUCCAGCUGGCAAAAGUUCAACUCUUUUCCUGUUCAUUGGUAUAUCUGGUGCAUUAGGUCGUCUUGGAGGAGGUUUUCUGUGUGAUGUGAAGUACAUAAACACAAUUCGUCUCUUUCAAGCGGCCACCUUCAUCAUGGGAGCUUCAACAAUGCUACUAAGCCUGGCACAAACCUAUGCUGCAUGGGCGGUUUAUGCCAUCGUGUUCAGUAUGGCGGACGGGAUGUUGGUGUCAACUUUUAUGGUCGAAUGCAUGGAGGUUGUUGACGAGGAAUCGAAAAAAGCCUCAAUAGUUGGAUUUAUCAUUUUGGGUGGUGCAGGCUUUCUUUUGAGCGCUCCACCUUUAUUUGGGUUUAUGGCUGACAAGUUCGGUAACUACAUCGGCGCGUUUUUAAUAGCGGGUGGAUUUGGAAUCAUUGCGUCCAUCAUUCCAUUUUUCCUAAUUUGUGUUAAACGAAAAUCAGAGGAAUACGCCGAUCAUGAUAUGGAAAUGGAAUUAGACCAGGUUCAAGAUGAGGAGAUUGCUGUUGACGAACAUGAACUAAAACCCAGACGUUUCUCUCAGGUUUCGACGAUUGUGAACCGUGGAGAUCGUCAAAAAAAAGCAUCUUUCAUUAUAGCCAUGGAAAAGCCUUUUUAUUAACUAUCAAUAUGUUUUUGUAUAAGUUAUACCACAAACUGUCGCUUAUAAGCCCCACUCCCGGUUAUGGGCCCAUCUAGGACCAUCUACCUGUAAACCAAAAAUACAUCCGCAUACAAUUCCCCCGGAUAUA